AGAAGACGGAGCGGGAAGAGGAGUCCGGAAGCCUGUAUGACCUGAUCUGCACUGCUCGGUUUAAAAUAUCUGCUGAAGUUGGGACUUUUAGAGUUGGUUGUAAUGAAAUCAAACGCCCAUGUUGUACUGUCACUGACGUAAAACUUGGAAAACAACCGGGCGACAAAUUAAUUUCGGUUUAACGCUGUGGAUGUUGCCGAGGCAGUGCUGCCCAGGUCAGCGGGGUGGACGGCAUGUCAGCGUGAGUGACAGUCACUGAGGUAGACAAGAAUGCAGUCUUCUGGGCACCGGCUACGGGAUGUGGAACAGCAUCAUCCCUUGCUGGGCAGUGGGGAGGAGGAGGUGGCAGUGGGCCGUAUCUGGUUCAUUCAGGAUGGCUGUGGCAUGGUGUGCGCCUUCAUGACCUGGUUUCUGGUGUUGUAUGCAGAAUUUGUGGUGAAUUUUGUUAUGCUUCUCCCCUCUAAAAGCUUCUGGUACUCUCUAAUCAACGGGGUGGCAUUUAACUUCCUGGCUGUGCUGGCACUGGCAUCACACCUACGCACCAUGCUGACAGAUCCGGGUGCUGUUCCUAAGGGUAAUGCCACUAAAGAGUACAUGGACAGCUUGCAGCUGAAACCUGGGGAAGUCAUCUACAAGUGUCCUAAAUGCUGCAGCAUAAAGCCAGAGAGAGCCCAUCACUGCAGUAUCUGCAAGAGAUGUAUCAGGAAAAUGGAUCAUCACUGUCCCUGGGUGAACAACUGUGUGGGAGAAAACAAUCAGCGAUUCUUUGUCCUUUUCACUAUGUACAUAGCCUCAAUUUCCUUGCAUGCCCUCUGCCUCAGUGGUUUCCAUUUCUUCACCUGUGUCAAAGUCCAGUGGAGUGAGUGCAGUGAUUUCUCCCCUCCUGUGGCUGUCAUGCUUCUUAUUUUCCUUUGCCUGGAGGCUCUCCUUUUUCUCACGUUCACUGCUGUCAUGUUCGGCACGCAAAUUCACUCCAUCUGUAAUGAUGAAACGGAAAUCGAGAGAUUGAAGAAUGAGAAGCCAACAUGGGAGCGGCGAGUGCGCUGGGAGGGAAUGAAGGCAGUAUUUGGAGGCCCUCCCUCUCUUCUGUGGUUCAACCCAUUUGCUGGACUGCGCCUCCGGCGCCUGCUGAUGGUCCACACUCGUAAGGGUGGCUCCGAGUUCUCUGUCUAAAAAGGAAAUCUUGUCUUUCCCAGCAUGUCAGUGUGCCAUCAUGCCUAUAACCCCAUGCACUGAGGACAAGGCACAUCUCUCCUAAUGGCAAUGCAGGUAGGGCAACACAGUGAAGAGAAUGUGCAAUAGACUAAGAGUGGCCCCAGUGAAGGUGAGGGGCCAGGACAAUAAUGACUCCCUAAUAGACCACUGGACCUCAACAGAAGGAUCAUUUUUACUUCUGCUUAUGUUGGCUGUGCCUGACCUGUCUCCAUGAACAUUCAAACAGAUUUUUUGGUUUGUUUUUAAGGGACUGUUUUCCUGUGUAUAAGUGUGAAAGAAUGGACUCAAUACUUAGUUACAUCAAGAAAUAUAAGGGUAUUUGUGUCAAAGUAAUUGUGUCAUGCCCUUUCCACUGAAUGAAUCUUAGUCAAAGAAAAAUAUCAUGGACCAAAUUGGAAUUUGAACAUGUCUUAUUUGUCAAGAAAGUUCUCAAAAAUCCUAAUGCAUUAAGUGCUUGUUAUUAGGCUGCAAUAAAAUGCUAGUUAUCCUGUUUAGGUUUAGAAUAAUCCAAACUUAAAUCAGAUACACAUGGCAUUUUAGCUCCUUACAUUGUAGACAAAAUACUAUAGUAUAUACUAUACUAUAUAAUGACAUUAGCGUCAUUUACACAAUCUUUAAAUUGCGUAAUUGGCACUGAGUAUUUAGACUGCUGAUCUAUCUCAAUGCUAUGUCUAAGAUCGCUUUUGCAGUUAUUUGGCAUGAAUCUAGGCAAAUCAUUUUUUAGGGUAUAUAAAAUUUAAGCAUGAAUUGCACCCUUUUGCACACUUGAAUUCGGCCAUCGUUGCAGAGCACUCAAGUCAGACCCAGCUGUUGCUUCAUCUUACUGCACUCAUCCAGACAUUCCUGUUUAACAUGUAAGGUUGAAACUUGCUGAGCCUCAUAAGAACUUACAUGGACAUCUUCAUGGCUACUUGACAUUUUUUCAGCAGCACACAGAUGGCACGAUCCCUCAAUUAAGGAUUGACCUGCUGUUAUCAGUUCUGUGGCUGCUCCUCACUAUGUGUUUUUCACUGUAUUUUUCACUUCUCUGUAAGAUGAGAGCUUUUACCUCAACAGUUGAUAGAUUUUUAAAUAACUAUUCUUAAAAAAUAAUUGUUGCAAAUGAACCGUGUUUUACAAACUAAAUGGUUUUAUGCAGUAGGUGUAGAGCAGUUUUGAUUAGUAUUGAAUUUAGGAGAGACCUUGGACUGACUGGGCCAACUUCAUAUCAUUAAUUUUUGUUACUGAUGAAUUAGUAUAUUAGAAAUGAAAACUUGGGGGCAUGAGUUCAUACGGUCACAGUCCUAAAUAAAUAUACAUGAGGUGAUCCCCUGUUUAAAGGUGAAUUUCAAUCAGAGAUGUAAACAAACUCGUUCAGAGUAUUUUGAAUGUGAAAUGGUGAAGAAACCUGUAGGAGAAAUUCAACGACUCUUGUGUUUAAAAUGGUGGUGAUAGGAACCAGUCGAUGUAAUGCAUGUUGCUGUUUUUUUGCUAUCCCAAAAUACCCUACAUGUCAUCUGAGUGUUUACGUGUAAUGUAGGUCUUGAAAAAUACUGGUAAAUCUGACUGUUAUGCCUUACAAGUCUCUAUCUGUACCUUUUUGCCACAAAUGGAUUAAAAAUGUUUUAGGCUAAAACAUCUAAAAGCUAGUGCAAAACUGUCUCAGGAAACAUUUGUAACUAUUUAUUAAUGUAAAUAAUAAUAACAAUAAUAAUAAUAAUAAUUAAUUACUUGGAUACAUGGAAUGCACUAGCACAUUUUUUUGUUAGCAAAAAUUGCAAUACAAAUUACAUUGUUUGCUCUUCAGUGGGAUUUUAAAUCUGCAAACAAAAAAAAAUGCCUAAUAAAAUACUAAACCAAAAGUAAGAGGCAGCCAGCUGUGUAGCACAGUGAUUCAUGCCUUGUUUUGACAUUGUGGUAAAAGUGUAAAAGCAGGAUAACUGCAGUUACCUGACUCAUUUAUGUCAUUCGAUUCUAACAAAUUGCCAAAAUAAAAAUUAAAAAUUCAGAUUGUGCAUCCCAAUAUCAGAUGUUUAGUUCCUGUCACUAUUUUUGAACAAUUGUGACUUGGCAAGUUUCUCAAAAAUAGCACAUUUCACAUCAAAGGACUCUCUUUACUUUGUUUACAUCUUAACGAUUUAAGUACAUAGAAAUGUAGAUAAUCGAUGGAAUUACCCUUAUUACAUGUUCAUGAUACAAAAGACAGCGUAUGAAACAGAUCCAAGGAUCACCAGUUGCCCUAUUUGCUCCAACAGAGCUUAAUCUUUCCAGGAUUUUGCCCUCUUUAGUGUCAUGACAGUUGACAGUAUUGGUUCUUAUGGGUUCUGUAGCUGCCAUUAGACGUUUUCAGCAACUUGAUAGUCCUGCUGUGAUGGUUUCUUCAGUUUAUUUCCAAUCCCAGUUCUAGAGAAACUCUUCCCUGCUCUAACACACAUGAUUCUGCCUGCUGGCUAUUGCGUGAGAUGAGGUGUUGAGCAUUGAAAUAAGAAACUGCAAAUACUCCCUGAGUGGAAUUGAGAAGUAAUGCUCCCUAGGUGAUGAUUGUUGGCUUUUCAUAUUGAUCACCCAUUUCAAGCCCUUAACUGAUUCUGACAUCUUUGUUUUGUACGGUUUGUAUAUCUUUGUGGAAAGAGAAAAAAUGAAAACAUGGACAAAUCCAGUCAACCAGAAUGUAGUGUACUGUAGUUUAAGCUAGAAUUUAUCGAAUAUGACUUGGCAGUUCAAUUUUUUUUAAUUGUUUACCUGAGACAAUGUUUUUAAGUAAAACCUGAUGACUAAUCUUUAUUCUGUAAUGCAGGAUGUACACCAUGUUGUUGGGAGGGAGGGGAUGGAGCUCACUACACAUCUGCAAUCCUUAAUUGGGUUAUACUGGUUGAAAUUCUUUGGGGGAAUCUUGCCUUUUUAUUAGCAUGUAUGUCACUAAGAAUGUAUAUUGUGCUUUUUCUAUCUUUAAGUAUUUAGGAAGAAGAGGGAACAUUUUAUUAACACUAAAUAUAUGUGCUACAAUGCUUUCCUCACUACAAAAAGAGAACUGCCUAAUAUAACUGCAUUGAUUCCUUGAACAUAUGGCUUGGCCAUUAUUGCCUAGCAUUGCUGUGUGAACUCUCUGUGUGAGAGUCAGGUCCCUGUGCUGCAGGAGUGUGUAUUAAGUGUAUUAAUCUUCAGUAUACAAAAGAAAAGCAAGGGAAAUGCUUUUUGCACAUGACCUUCCUGCAUUAAAGGGUUUAUUGUAGAAGAAAAGAGUAGAAUAUCAAAGCUUUAUAAACUUGUAGUUUAGUCAGAUGAUCAAGUUUAAAAAAAAACCCAUGCCAAGUGUGAUAACUGUGGUCAAGAUUAUGUCUAGAAGUAUAAUAAUACAAUCACAGAGAAGGUUGAAAGCAUUAUUCUUUACAACUGGAAAGCAAACGCCGAUUACAUUAUAUACAGUGUGAAUGAUUACAGAUUUAUCAAGAACUUUUCAAAUGUGUCAUAAAAUAAUUGUUCUUUCAUAUGUAAAACUCUUUUGCAUAAUAAAGUUAUUAGGUUCAGAACUGUU